AAGUUUUUAAUGCAUGGACGGAAGAGAAGCAAUGGCAUUUCCAGGCUCGCAUUCUCAGUUCUAUCUUCAAAGAGGAGCCUUUACCAAUCUUGCACCUUCCCAACUCGCGAGUGGGCUUCACGCGCCGCCGGGAACGAGGCCAAUGUCGAACCCUAACAUUCAUCACCCUCAGGCUAACAAUCCAGGACUUCCUUUCUCGGAUUUUGGACACAGCAUUCACAUGGGGAUGGCUGCCUGUGCUUCUCCUGCUGCGGUGCAGCCGACUCUGCAGCCGCCACCGCCGCCGCCACCACCGGAGCAACCGAUGGUUAAGAAGAAACGUGGACGGCCAAGAAAGUAUGUUGCUGAUGGACAAGUCUCUCUAGGGCUUUCUCCAGUGCCUUGUGUUAGUAAUAAGUCUAAGGACUCUUCUUCAAUGUCUGAUCCUAAUGCACCUAAACGAGCUAGAGGUCGACCUCCUGGAACUGGAAGGAAGCAACGCUUGGCUAAUCUUGGUGAGUGGAUGAAUACUUCAGCUGGACUUGCUUUUGCACCUCAUGUGAUCAGCGUUGGAGCAGGAGAAGACAUUGUUUCGAAAGUUUUGUCAUUUUCGCAACAAAGACCUCGGGCUCUUUGUAUAAUGUCAGGCACUGGAACAAUUUCUUCAGCCACUCUGUGCGAACCCGCUUCAACAGCACCUAGCAUAACAUUCGAGGGACGUUAUGAGAUUCUAAGUUUUGGUGGAUCUUAUUUGGUGAAUGAAGAAGGUGGAUCCAGAAGUCGAACAGGCGGAUUGAGUGUCUCUCUUUCUGGUUCCGAUGGUCGUAUUAUUGCCGGUGGAGUUGGCAUGCUUAUUGCAGCCAGCCUUGUUCAGGUGGUGGCAUGUAGUUUUGUAUACGGAGCAAGUGCAAAGUCUCAUAAUAACAAUAACAAAACCAUCAGACAAGAAAAGGAACCAAAGGAAGACGACAACAAUAGCGAAAUGGAGACCACACCCGGUAGUGCACCAGAACCAGCAGCAUCGGUGGGUCAGCAGACGCCACCGAAUUUCUCAUCUCAGGGAAUGAGCGGAUGGCCCGGUUCAGGCUCAGGCUCAGGCAGAUCACUUGACAUUAGCAGAAACCCACUCACUGAUAUUGAUUUGACUCGUGGAUGAUACACUAUUAGUCUUUGAAGCAGCAGCAUACAGAAUGUGAGUGCUGUACAUAUCUUUGUUGUUGUAGAUUUCUCUCUGAGAAUGUUUAAAACCAGACAUUUAAGGAUUGAGACCACUUUCUCUCAGUUCCUUGCUUCUAACAUUGUUAAUGUAACAGAACCCUCCCACUUUCAGGCUAUUUAAGGAUAUUUUUAACUCUCAUAUGAUCUCAUUAAAGCUUUCUUUUAUGGUCACCAAGAACUUGGUUUCUUCACUAUUCUUUUGGUUCUUUAACAUCUUUGUAAACUUGAUUCCUCUUAUUUGGUAACAUACACAAGAUUUGGGAUGUUACUUAUAGCAAGAUGAUCUCAUAAUUUAUACAUGAAGAGCAUUAAAUAUUAAUGAAUAAAUUUCUUUUUUCAGU